AUGGCUGGGAACAUGAGCAACAACCAGGGCUCCGCUGUGUCCGCAGUCAACGUUGCGCAUAUUCCUGGCUUGAACACUUUGGGCAUCUCCCUCGCUCGUGUCGAUUAUGCACCCUAUGGUCAAAACCCACCCCACAUCCAUCCCCGCGCAUCUGAGAUCUUGACAAUGCUGGAGGGCUCACUCUAUGUUGGUUUCGUGACCUCAAACCCCGAGAACAAGUUGUUCUCAAAAGUACUAAACAAAGGAGACGUGUUUGUGUUUCCGCAAGGGCUGAUUCACUUUCAGUUCAACACCGGAGACAAAGAAGCGAUAGCCAUUGCGGCACUCAGCAGCAAGAACCCUGGAGUGAUCACCAUAGCCAAUGCGGUGUUUGGAUCGACGCCAUCAAUCUCAGAUGACAUCCUUGCCAAAGCCUUCCAGGUGGACAAGAAAAUUGUAGACCAUGUCCAAGCUCAGUUCUAG